AUGUCUGAAGACAGCGAGCGAUGCAGAAGUCGUGAGAUGACGAUGAGUGCAGAGAGCGGCGAGGUCGACCAAGCUUUGACCAACGUCCCCCACUCUGCUGUCGUCUCCGACUCCGAUGGUUCCGAGAUCCCUCUCCAACUGGUCGCCAGAUCCCCUUCCGUACGGAAAGGGAUCUCGACCUCAAACCUUGCACCGUCGUCCCCGCCGGACGGCAAGCCAUCACCACACCCGUCGAAGCCUCCACCGUGGUACCGCUUCAACGGUUUAACCAACGAGGACACAGCCUCGAGCAUCUCUGCCGAGCGGACAAACCAAGGAUACCCCCUUGGGUGCGAUGCGUUCCUGGUCGCGCUGCCUCGACAGAAAUUGCAAACCUUGGUGAAGCUUGGGUAG